UUUUUGUCCUUUCGAUUCAUUCUUUUCUACCCAUAUUUCUUGAAAACUCAUCACCCCAUAUUCCUCUUCAUCUAAUCCAAACCCUGAUUUUCUACUUCCUUAAUCCCCAAUUCCACUUUCAAUUUCCCCUGAUUUUUUACCAAUUACAAUUCUUUUGUUUCUUUUGUUUUUGGUUAGCCUUCCCUUCGAAUACAAUAGAAAAUUUGGUUGUAAAAGAAGUCCAAUGGCGUCAAGAACAGUUGCCAAAGAUAUAAUCACUCUUCGAGGCUCAGCGGCAAUCGUAAGCGAGUUUUUUGGAUAUGCGGCGAAUAGCAUUCUGUACAAUCGAGGAGUUUAUCCAGAAGAAAGUUUUGUGAAAGUGAAAAAAUAUGGGCUUCCAAUGUUGCUUACUCAAGAUGAAGGUGUUAAAUCCUUCAUUACCAACCUAACAGCUCAACUUUCUGAAUGGCUGGAAGCUGGGAAGCUACAGAGGGUUGUGUUGGUUAUCAUGAGCAAGGCAACCAAUGAGGUCUUGGAGAGGUGGAAUUUUAGCAUUGAGACUGACACUGAGGUUGUUGAGAAAGGUGUGUCAAGGGAAAAGAGUGACAAGGAAAUCAUGCGAGAAAUACAGGCAAUCAUGAGACAGAUUGCCUCGAGUAUUACGUACUUGCCAUGCCUUGAUGAACCAUGUGUGUUUGAUGUAUUGGCAUACACUGAUAAAGAUAUUGCAGUACCAUUUACUUGGAUUGAGAGUGACCCCAAGUUGAUUGCAAAUCCUCAAAUGGUUAAGUUGCAUUCCUUUGAUACCAAGAUACACAAGGUUGACACUCUUGUAUCAUUCAAGAAUGAUGAAUGGGACGAGCAGUAGAGUUAUUGAACCUUUUUUCCUUCUUUUUUCCUACUGCAAUAUAAUAUGUGAAUCUUCUAUUCACAAAUGUUGUUCUCCACCUCUUAGUCUAGUGUUUAAGGAAGCUUUACGAGGAUAUAGAAGUCUUGAUUUCAAGCUAAGAUCUCCUUUCUCUUUUCCCCUUGUAAAGACUAUACCCUCCCUUGAACCAAAAAAAACAAUAAAUUUUCCAAGAUUGCUAUGAAGGAUGAUAAAGAAAAAUUCAGUGUUUGCAGUUUGGUUGUCCAAUGCUGGAGUAAUCCUUCAAGUGUAUUAUUAACCUGGUGCACAAGAAUUUCAGUACAGUGCCAAAUUCUUUCUCCCACGGUUGUAUGAUUUUAAGCAUGUAUACAAACCAUGAAAAGCUAAGUAUUUUGUUGCAU